AUUUCGCCGACUCAGUGUACAACCAUAAUCAGGGCACAGCUGCCAGCGGGAAACCUAGCGAGAAAGUGCGAGAAAGUGGAGGAAAUUUGGAAAGAAGGAAAAUGAGCAGCGAGGCAAAAACCAAUGGCGGAAACACAGGGGGAGGAGGAGGAGGGGGUUUCAGAUCGAGAAUGGAGCGCUUCCUCUACAGUGGGGACAAGAAGCACGUCAUGGCCGGCAUCGCCAUUAUCACCGUCGUCUUCAGCGUCCCUUGGUUCCUCAUGAGCAGAGGAACAAAACAUCAGUCCCAUCAAGAUUACUUGGAAAGAGCUGAUAAAGCACGGAGUCAAAGACUCUCUUCAGGUUCAUCUUCUGCCAAAUGAUUUUCGAGAGCAUUCUGGUGAAGGGGUGGUUUUCCAGUGAGCAUUUUGACAGUUAAAAAUUAUAAGAAGCUUUUUCUGUUUGGCAAUCUGUUUCUCUUUCAAGCUUUGUAUAUGCAGAAUAGCUUCUGUUUGCCGUGAGGAAUACUUAGAGAACUCUCAAUUAGGGAUGAACUUUUGUUUCAUGUCAAUAAAGAAACUGUUACUUAGAUAGAAGCUGAAAACUGUUCAGACUAUUUAUCUCAAAAGGCACCUUUUUACUGUUAAAAAUUCAAAAUCGACCCACUGUUGAUUGUUAAGGCCUUGUACUUGUAUGGCCUAUACUAGGGGAUAAAAUAUGAUUAGUUUGAUCAAACGGUUUGACAAUGAGAAGUUACUUCUUUUUUCA